AUGAACCCUCCUCAAACUCAGCCACAGCCCCAGCAGGCUACACAUGACCUCGUCGCAAACCUGUCCCAGGAGCAAAUCACCAGCGUCCUCAACGCGGUGAGGAACAUGAAGGCCGCAGGUGCAACCGAGCAGACGAAUCAACAAUAUGCCCAGCUGAUGGGUCUUUUGCGAGCAUACCAAGCCUCCCAGGCUGCACAAGCGCAGGGCCAACAACGCGUUCAGGCAGCCCAGGGCUUGGCACCUUUUCAGCAACAGCAACAACUCCUCCAAAUGCAACAACAGCAACAGUUCCAACAGCUGCAACAACAACAGCAGCAACAACUUCAACAACUCCAGCAACAACAGCCACCAGGAGCGCCGGUCUUACCUCCCACGCAAGGAUCCCCAUUUUCCACAGACCAAAUCACCGACUUGCGCUUCCAAAUCAUUGCAUUCAAACUUAUCUCGGCCAACAUGGCUGUACCACCACAUCUGCAGGAGGCCAUCUUCACACCAAAAUCUGUCGAUCAGGCCCUGAACGCAAAGGGUCCCACAGCCACCGUCGCAGGCAAGGUGGUCGAUGUUGCCCGUCAGCACUUGUCGGAGCAAACGCCAUCUGCCUCGGACUACAACGCCUACACAUCUCCGUUCUCGUUCCUUCAAAAGACUUUACCUUCGACUGUCCACGCUUCACGGCAGCAGCGUCUGUUGAUCCCCAGUAUCUCGCCUAUUGGAAUCGACCCAUAUACACUGGCUCAGGAGCGCGACAACCGCCUCAAGGCCCGUGUCAAGUAUCGCAUUGAGGAGCUCGACAGCCUGCCUAGUAACAUUGCAAGCGAGUCUUUGGACCCCUCUGGAGGACUUUUGGAACAGGAGAACAGAGCACCUCAGUCUGGACCCAAGUUGAAGGCCUUGAUCGAGUUGAAGGCCCUACGACUCUUGGAGAGACAGAAAAAGCUUCGUGCUGAAAUUAUCAAGGGAAUGUCAAAGGCAACCAUGUUGGCGACCUCGACGGACCGAGCAGCUUACCGCAGAAUGAAGAAGCAGUCUUUGCGCGAAGCACGCAUGACAGAGAAGCUGGAGCGUCAGCAGAGACAAGACCGCGAGGGUCGCGAGAGACAGAAGCACAUGGACUCGCUACUCAAUAUUGUCAAUCAUGGACGCGAGAUGAUUCAGUGGCACAGGACACAGCAGAUGAAGCAGAACAAGCUGGGUCGACUCGUUCUCCAGUUCCACUCUCAUGUCGAAAAGGAGGAGGCCAAGCGUAUCGAGCGUAUCUCCAAGGAGCGUUUGAAGGCUUUGAAGAACGACGACGAGGAGGCAUACAUGAAGCUGAUCGACCAGGCCAAGGACACGCGUAUUACACACUUGUUGCAGCAGACCGACUCGUACCUUGCGUCACUCGCCGAGGCCGUUACCGCUCAGCAAAACGACUCUGUCCACUCCGACUCUGUUACACGUGGUGGUAUCGAGCUUAUGGACGACGAGGCGGACUUUGACUAUGGCGAUGGAGAGGACAACCGACGCAACGACUACUACAAUAUUGCACACAAGAUUCAAGAGAAGGUCGUCAAGCAACCGGCCAUCUUGACCGGAGGAACCUUGAAGGAGUACCAGAUGAAGGGUCUGCAGUGGAUGGCCUCCUUGUACAACAACCGUCUGAACGGAAUUUUGGCCGACGAGAUGGGUCUCGGUAAAACUAUCCAGACCAUCUCCCUGGUGACAUUCCUGAUCGAAGCCAAGCAGCAGAACGGACCAUUCUUGAUUCUUGUGCCCCUCUCGACACUGGCUAACUGGACGCUCGAAUUCGAAAAGUGGGCACCUCAAGUCACGAAAGUUGUCUACAAGGGUGUUCCCUCUCAACGCAAGCACAUUCAGCAGACUGAAAUUCGUCACCGCAACUUCCAGGUGCUUCUGACAACAUACGAAUACGUCAUCAUGGACAAGCCGAUUCUCAGCAAGAUCAAAUGGGUCUACCUGAUUAUCGACGAGGGACAUCGUCUCAAGAACGCAAAGUCCAAGCUGUUCAUUACCUUGACCCAGCACUACUCGUCCCGCUACCGUCUUAUCUUGACAGGUACACCCCUGCAGAACAACCUUCCAGAACUGUGGGCGCUGCUGAACAUGGUGCUGCCUCGCGUCUUCAACUCGGUACAAUCGUUCGAUGAGUGGUUCAACACACCAUUCGCUAACACCGGAGGACAGGACAAGAUCGAGCUGAACGAAGAAGAGGCUCUUCUGAUCAUCAAGCGCCUCCACAAGGUUCUGAGACCUUUCCUGUUGCGUCGUCUGAAGAAGGAUGUCGAGUCCGAGUUGCCUGACAAGGUCGAGCGCGUCAUUCGCUGCAAGUUGUCGUCUCUUCAGCUCAAAUUGUACAACCAGAUGAAGAAGCACGGCAUGCUCUUUACCCAAGGUGGCGAGAAGGGACGUACCGGUAUCAGGGGAUUGAACAACACCAUCAUGCAGCUUCGCAAGAUUUGCAACCAUCCUUAUGUCUUUGAGGAGGUUGAACGUGUAAUCAACCCUACCAAGACCAACAACGAUGGUCUUUGGCGCGUCGCAGGAAAGUUUGAGCUCUUGGAUCGUAUGCUCCCCAAGUUGUUCAAGACAGGACACAGAGUGCUCAUCUUCUUCCAGAUGACAGCCAUUAUGAACAUCAUGGAGGAUUACUUGCACUACCGCCACUACCAAUACAUGCGUUUGGAUGGUGCCACCAAGUCAGAGGAUCGUGCUGGAAUGCUGAAGACUUUCAACGCACCCGAUUCGCCCUAUUUUGUCUUCUUGCUCAGUACUAGAGCUGGAGGUCUCGGUCUGAACUUGCAAACUGCUGAUACAGUCAUCAUUUUCGACUCGGACUGGAACCCCCAUCAGGAUUUGCAGGCACAGGAUCGUGCUCAUCGUAUCGGUCAGACGAAGGAAGUCCGCAUCUUCCGUCUGGUGACGGAGAAGUCGGUGGAGGAGCACAUUCUUGCCCGUGCGCAGUACAAGUUGGAGAUCGACGGCAAGGUCAUUCAGGCCGGUAAAUUCGACAACAAGAGUACUGCUGAGGAGCAAGAAUCUUUCCUGCGCUCGCUUCUGGAGAGCGACAACAACAAGGAGGAGAACGACGUGGAAGAGGAGGACAUGAACGACGAGGAGCUCAACGAGAUUGUCGCCCGCACGGAGAACGAGAUGACGCUCUUCAAAGAAAUGGAUGAUGUACGCCGGCUCGAGGAGGAUGAGAUUUUCAAGACGGACGGAAUACGACGUGAACGCCUCAUUCAAGAAUCCGAGUUGCCCGAGGUUUAUCUCGUCGACGAGGAUGAUAUUGUUGUUGAGGAGGUCGAGGAGGAUCUUGGUCGUGGUCAACGUGUCAGGGCUGAGACUCGCUACGAUGACGGCUUGACUGAGGAGCAAUGGCUUGAGGCGCUUGAGGAUGAGGACAAGGACGUCAACGAGAUCAUUGCUGCUAAGGCCGAUCGCCGUCGCCGCAGAGAGGAGAAGAGGCUUUUGAAGGAGGCUGCGGCUGUGAAUGGCGAGGAGCCCGAGCCUGAGCCCAAGAAAGGACGCGGCCGAGGCAAGAAGACGAUCCGUGAAGACGAUGAGGAGGAGGCGGAAGCACCUGUUGUCAAGAAGGGUCGCGGCCGUGGCACCAAGUCUUCGACUUCCGCUGAGAUCACCAAGCCGACUCCUGUCAAGGGCAAGCGUGGACGGAAACCAGAAGGUGCCGCCGCUGGCCAAGAUACUCUGGCUGAGGCUGAUCGCAAGGCGCUGACCAAAAUCUUUGAGCAGUGCUACAAGGCGGUUGAGGACUGCACAGUGACGGAUGAUGGCGAAGUCCGACACCGGUGCGACCUCUUCUUGCAGUUGCCAAGCAAGAAGCAGUAUCCCGAGUACUACCAGAUCAUUCUCCGUCCUAUCGCCAUGGAUAUGAUCAAGAAGCGGAUGCGCUCUGCAUUCUACAAGACUGCGUCUCAGUUCCGGGACGACUUCCACCAAAUGUUCCAGAAUGCGCGCACCUUCAACCAAGAAGGCAGCUGGGUUUAUGUCGACUCUGAGCGCUUGGAGGAAGUGUUUGAUGAGAAGUUUGACGCGCUUUGCCCAGGAGGCGAGUUGCCGUCGGCUGGAGCUGAAAAGGACAGCAGUACAUUGAAGCGGGCGGCGCCACUGUCGGACGAGGAGGAGAAUGCGUCAUCACAGGAUCGACGCGCUGGAGCUCAGAAGGCGCAAACCAAGGCGAGCAACCACGGUCGCCAGCACAGUCGGAGCAGCAGCGUAGGAUCCCGAUCGGCGGCCCAGCAAAAGAAUCACCACAAGCGCCAGAAGAAGGAAGAGGAGGAUGAAGAUGACGAGGAGGAUGACGAUGACGAUGAUGACGACGACGACAUGGCAGUGGAUUCAUUGGGAACGGACGACAGCGAUGACAGCGACGCUGGGCCAGUUGGUCGCAACAAUGCAGCAGGUCAGGCCAAUAACAGCACAACGGCCAACAGCAGCGGCAAUGGCCACAACAAGAAUGGGACUUCAAGUAACACCAAGAAGCGCGCCGAUGACAGCGACGAUGACGAGCUGGAUGAUGAGGACGAGGAUGACGAGUAG